AUGGGUCAACCGUCCUUUCCGGCGUCUAAUGCCAUCAUCUACGUGACUUAUGGAGCAUUUUUGGUCCUGGGAACAGGAAUCGCCUGGACGAUGAGAAAUCAGUCCAAACAGGAUUUCCUGAGCAGCAAUGGAACACAAAGUGCCUUCCCUCUUGCUCUCAACUUUAUCGCCUCCGCCCUCGGAGCCGGUAUCCUCUUCUCCUACCCCGAGCUCGCAACCAUCACCGGUGUCCAGGGAGUCAUCAUUUACGCCCUGGCAUCGGCGUUGCCUAUGCUCAUUUUUGGAGCCCUUGGACCCAUCAUCCGCCGCAAGUGUCCUGAGGGUUUCGUCUUGACAGAGUGGACACGACAACGCUACGGGACAGUUGCCAUGUUGUACCUCAGCUUCAUGACCCUGGUUACAUUGUUCCUGUACAUGGUGGCAGAGUUGUCUGCUCUUGGUCAAGUCGUGAGCACAUUGACCGGGAUUGAUAGUCUUCCCGUUAUUAUCGUCGAAUGCGUCAUCACUACCAUUUAUACCUCUUUGGGUGGUUUCAAAAUUUCUUUCCUCACAGACGUCGUCCAAGGCGGCAUGGUCGUUGGCCUCAUCAUCAUUGCCACCAUCACCGUUGGUGCCAAGACGGAAAUCAAACGUGAGCUCAUAGACUCGUCGCACCUCUUAGAGCCAAGCCUUCUUGGUUGGCAGCUCCUGUACAUCCUGCCCGUUGCCGUUCUCACCAACGACUUCUUUCUGUCCAAUUUUUGGCUGCGAACAUUUUCGUCCAAAUCCGACAAGGAUCUUUGGGUUGGCGUCUCAGUUGCCAUGGUGGUUAUCCUGUGCAUCCUCACUCUUGUCGGCUGUUCUGGCUUGAUUGCGGCUUGGUCUGGCGCGUGGCCAGGCGAACCAGAGCAGGAGGGCUCAUUGGCCUUUUUUCUGCUUCUUCAGCAGCUACCCAGCUGGGUUGUCGGCAUUAUUCUCGUCAUGGUUGUCUCCCUCAGCACAGCUGCCUUUGAUAGUCUGCAGUCAGCCAUGGUUUCUUCCGCCUCCAACGACUUGUUCCGCAACCGCCUGAAUAUCUGGUACAUCCGCGGCAUGGUUGUGCUCAUCAUCAUCCCUGUCGUGGUGGUUGCUCUCCGCGCAUCAUCCAUCCUGCAGAUCUACCUCAUCAGCGAUCUGCUCUCCGCGGCUACCAUUCCCGUCUUGUGCCUUGGUCUCAGCGACCGUCUCUACUGGUGGCGCGGCUUUGAAGUCGUCGUCGGUGGUUUGGGUGGCAUUUUGACCGUCUUCAUAUUUGGCGCUAUUUACUACAAGGAUGCCGAACAAGGCGCCCAAUUACUGCUCGUUCAGAAUGGCCUGUAUGCCAAUGAUUGGAGCGCAUUUGGUGCAUUUGUCGCAGCCCCUGUUGGAGGUAUUGUUUGGGGCUUUGGGGCUCUCGCCCUUCGCUUGUCAUUCCAAUAUAUCAAGGCCAGGCUCCGCCGUGAGCGCUUUGAUGCACUUGAUCGACCCCUUAUGACCCGUACGGUUAGCGACUCCGAAAUGCCGGAUGAAGUUGUAAUUGCCUCCUCCAAGGCAGGCAAGUUCUUUUAG